AUGAUGGGCCUAUUGUUUCGAAUUUCAAUAAACAAAAACAGGAUACUCAUUGUAAACUAAGCAAAGUAUUUCUACAAUCCAAAAUUAGCAGUAGUAGUUUCAACGCAGAUUCGUUAAUCAUAGAAUCAGAAAACAGUGAUGAACAACAGACAAUGGAAUUUGAUUCUUUUGAUUCAUUCGACGAAUUGAAUUCAUUUAAGGACUGGGCAAAGUUGUUGGCUACAAAAUGUGAAGAAAAAAUUGAUGGGAUUGAGGGAGAAUUCGACAACGCCCAAUACACUCCCGAAAUAGUCCCAAUGAUUAUAAACUGUAUGAAAUUAUUCCCUUGUUAGUCAAAUAUAAUGGUAAAUGUGUUCAACUAUGGUGAAAAUAUUGCUUCAAGUAGUAGAGUUGAAAGCAAUUUCAACAAUAUAAAAAACAGGAUUUUUAAAAAUGAUAACCUUCCGAUUAGAGUGGAUGAUUUUGUUGAACGAUUAGUAGACUUCUACAGAGGUGAUCAUCUUAUUCUUCAGACAAAGAAAGACGAUGAAUAAAGUAAAGUGCAUUUAAUUGAAGAACCAGUUUGUAGUUCUUUAUCGUCUGAUAAAUCUAGUAAGACAAUAAACCGAGAUGAAAUUAUUACAAAUACUUUGGUUCAAUGCAUUGCCUGCCAAAAUGGAGAUUUUCCGACAGGUCUCCAUCGCUGUAACACAUGUAAUAAGGCAGUACAAGUAUUUGGAUGUUCUGUAGAAGACCCUUCUAGUGAAGAAGGAUGCGGACAAAACAGAAUUUGCUUGUCGUGCAGUACAAAAUAUGAAUUGGACAAAGAAAAAAAUGCAAUUGAAAAUUGGAGAAAUAAAGGUUGUACAUCGCCGUUAAAAUCACGCUCCGCUAAAUCAUACUUAGCCAAACAGACUGGAUUUGAAUAUUUAGAAUUAAAUAAUGUCAAACCAGUUAAUGAAAUAGCCCUACUACGAAAUGGUUCCUGCUUUCAAAACAAGCCAUUAUUCGUUCCCGGUUUCGACAAAGUGUUGCUCAGCAAUACGUGUUCAGCUGAUUCAAUCUUUUCAGUUUUAGCGGUUUCUGUAACAGAGAGUGAGAAUUUCAGAAAAUAUUUUACAGAAGGAAAAGAACUACAUAAAACAGCUGAUUUUGUAACAAAAAUGAUUGGUAAUAGACCAACUAAGGAUAUGUACAGAGAUCGCGUUUAUUUACUGGCACUGCAUUUCAUAACAGAAAGUGAAGAAAUUAUUGGAGGUAUACGGUUAUUUGACACAGUAGACACGGCUGCAUCUAUGAGUGAAAAGUUACUGGAAAAUAUGCCAUCAUAUAAAAGAUCAAAUCGUUGUCAAAAUAGUAUAUGUUUUAAUCCAGAACGUAAUUCAGAAGGAGUUGUCAUUACAAUAUAUGGCGUUGAUGGAAAUAUUCAAUUACAGCAAGAGAUGGACAAGUUUUUCCGACCAAUGACCGAGUUAUGUAUUGCUACUAAUUGUAAUUGUUUAAGAGAUGAGGUUACAGAACCAACUAACCACAUUCUAUUGGAACUCUUAUCAAUACCUAGAGGUUUUCGAGCUUCAGGUAAUUACAGUCACAUGGAAAAUACUACUAAAAUAUCACAAAACUAUGCGGGUAAAGUCAAGAUGAAACUUGAAGACAUUACAAAACGAAUUAUAAUUAAUGGUAACAUUUAUAAUUUAAGAGGAGUAAUUGCUUUUGAUGGAUCAGCUAGGCAAUUGAGGCAAUCAUAUGGCCAUUACAUUGCUUAUGGUUUGAGAUCAAAUGAUCAAUGGGAAAGUUAUGAUGAUUUAAAAGAUCAAGUAAUUCCCAAAUCGAACAAUUUUAAAGUGAACGUAGAAAUACUUUUCUAUACAAGGUAAAAUAAUAUACUGUUACAACAACUUUUAAUUAUUAUAAUUAUGAUUUUAAAAAAUAAAAUAAAGAAAGAACACAAUUAUAAUUUUUUUUCAUACUUUGAUUGGAGAGUGUUCCAUUAAUUCACUUUUCUUCUCUAUGACCACAUCCACUUUUUUUAAUCCAUAUUCUACAGAACAUAUACUGUAGUGCAAAAAAAAAUGUAUUGCUUACAUUCACAAAUAAAACACAAAAUUAAUAUUACAUUUUAUUAUCUAUAGUAAAUAUUUAGUAGAUAAGGCAAAAAAAAUUCUAACAGCGGUUAGUGAAUUCAGAAUUACUACGACGUUCUUUGAUAAAAACGAAUAGGUGUAGGUGUAGUAAUAAUACUUUAUAUUUUAGGAUGAGUUUAAUUAUUUUAGAUAUGUAACUUAUGAUUACAAAUGAUAUAACAUAUUUCAAACUUUGACUGCGUCGCCCAAAAGUUUAUAUCAAUCGUUUAUAAUAUAUUGACCAAGAAUACAAUUUCUUUGAUCACCAAUUACUGUUUCAACUGUGUUAGAAAAAUGGUGAGUAUAUUAUACUAAUCAGAUCGCA